UAGGUUUAGUGCCUGGGUUUUUUAGUUGUGCAAAAACAACAACGGCCAAAAAGGGCCGCGGCGCAGCGGGGCCAACAUUGAACUAAGACCACUCACACUGGGCACCCUAAAACACCUGGGGCUGGACUUUCUACUUUCUACAUCUGUACUUCUGUACUUCUGACGGUACAUCUUUCAGUUGCAACUUUUGUACUUUCUACUUCUGGUGCUCCUGAGCCACUAGAGCCACCUUCGAGCCACUGCCGUUCCCCGACCGCUUCUCCCCCAAAUUCCUCCCUUUCUGAUCUUCACUUUCUCAGCUUGUCAUUUUCAUUCCCUUCCGACCGAUCAAUUCAACUCAACAAUAACCUGGCAAGGAUUGGCUGCCCGUCAGUUCAUUAACUCGAGUCCUGAUCAAUCAACAUUACUCGAGGGAUGAGCUUUCGGUUUUCCUGAGUCUUUUCGAGUAUCGUAGAUACUCCUGUCGGUCCAGCGACAAUAACCUUUCAGCCGUCUAGCCUUCCCGUCCCGUCCUUUUGGCAACUCCUAUCUAGCGCUGGCGACAGCAGUCCUGGACAUAUCCCACAAUGGCCUCCUCGUCGUCGAACGUCGUGGGUGUCCACUAUCGGGUCGGAAAGAAGAUCGGUGAAGGUUCUUUUGGUGUUAUUUUUGAGGGCACCAAUCUGUUGAAUAACCAACAAGUUGCUAUUAAAUUCGAACCACGAAAGAGCGACGCGCCACAAUUACGAGAUGAAUAUCGUACUUACAAGAUCCUCGUCGGCUGCCCCGGUAUUCCUAAUGUCUACUACUUCGGUCAAGAGGGUCUCCAUAACAUCCUUGUUAUAGAUUUACUUGGACCAUCGUUGGAGGAUCUCUUCGACCACUGCAACCGCAGAUUCACAAUCAAGACUGUGGUGAUGGUAGCGAAACAGAUGCUUUCUCGCGUGCAAACCAUCCAUGAGAAGAACCUCAUCUACCGAGAUAUCAAGCCCGAUAACUUUCUCAUCGGCCGUCCUGGAACUAAGGCUGCCAAUGUGAUUCAUGUUGUCGAUUUUGGUAUGGCCAAACAAUACCGAGACCCGAAGACAAAGCAACACAUCCCUUACCGAGAGCGAAAAUCUUUAUCUGGAACCGCACGUUAUAUGAGUAUCAACACCCAUUUGGGACGAGAACAAUCCCGGCGAGACGAUCUCGAAGCACUUGGCCACGUAUUCAUGUACUUUCUGCGAGGCGGAUUACCAUGGCAGGGCCUGAAGGCUGCGACGAACAAGCAGAAGUAUGAGAAGAUUGGCGAGAAGAAGCAGACGACACCGAUCAAGGAUCUUUGCGAAGGUUUCCCAGAGGAAUUUAACAAAUACCUAACCUACGUGAGAAAUCUUGGCUUCGAGGACACACCUGACUACGACUACUUGCGGGAACUCUUCACACAGGCUCUUAAGAACACCGGUGAAGUAGAAGACGGCGAGUAUGACUGGAUGAAGAUUAGCAAGGAGUCGUCUAAGGGUUGGGAUGCUAUGCAUAAACCAGGACCUUACCACAACCCUAACAAGCCGGGUAUGUCUGCUAGAGAACUACAUAACCAAUCUCGUGCAAACACACCCGCGGGCCUUACCCACGAGCGUUUAAACGCCGCGCAGCCCCCACCUCCGUCUCCAGCCAGGCCGACGGACAAGCGCCGGCCAAACGCCCCCGGCGCCUUGGGGGCCCAGCGAGGUAGCACGGUGGGGGGUCUCCGGGACAUGGCUACACCAACUCCUUCAACUCAAGCCCAGUUCCAGAACAGCAACCAAAACUUGCCCCCGAGAAUGGGCACGCAAGUAAACAUGAGCUCACCAGUGGCCGGCAAUGGAAGAUCAUCGGAACCUCAACCGACAGGUUUCCAAAAGUUCAUGAAGGUCCUCUGCUGCGGUUAGUCAGGACUCCGCAGCCUUUUGUUUAUGCUUUUGUUUGUUUGGGCGUAUAGAGCUGAUAGGUGUUUAGGUUAAACGCAUAUCAUCAUGGCAUG